UGAUUCAUUUUUUGUUUUGUAAUCGCUGCCCCAAACUCAUUUCAAAGCUCUGUUUUUUACUCGUUACAAGAACUCAAAUCCCAAAGCAUCCAAUUUGGUGAUUGAUGAACCCUUGGCUUUAUUGUCAGUAGCAUAAUGGAAAUGGAACAAGGAACAAGAAACAAGUAUAAGGGCAACAAUCCGCAAUUGGAAACAUUGUUAUAGAGCUUUAUUGCAUAUGAGAUGGACCGCUGCUUUCGGGUUCCAUUUAUCAGUGGUUGGUUUAGUGGGAGUUGUUGACAUCAUAUUGGCUGUAAUAAGAGACGAUAAAUUGAGGGAGAAGAGAAAGAAACACUUGGUUCCUGGGUUGCAAAAUCUUGGCAACAACUGCUUCUUGAAUGUUAUUUUGCUGGCUAUGGCUAGCUGCUCAUAUUUUCAGCCUUUUCUUCAGAAGAUACUGGAAGAAUGUGAGUCUACACUAGUUGAGGGGCAGUGUGAAAGCUUGCCACUUACAGUUACUUUAUCUGAUCUCUUAGAAGAAUUAGGCAUGGCUGGAGAAAGGAGAGUUGCAUUAAGCCCGCAUAAAGUCAUGUGUGCAUUGGCGCUUUAUAUUCAAAAUUUUGAUUUAACAAAUCAGCAGGAUGCAGCUGAAGCAUUUCUCCAUCUUUUGUCUUCUUUAAGAGAAGAAUUUUCUAUUGUCUAUCUUUCCAGUCAAAGCACUUUAGCGGAUAUUUUUGCUUCUCAAAUUUGUAGGAUUCUGACUCCAGAAAGGAAGGAGGAUAGGAAUGAGCAGAAAAGAUGGCAGCAACACUAUCUUGGACCAUUUGAUGGCAUUAUUGGUAGCAUUUUAACAUGUCAGAGUUGUUCAUAUCAGAGUUCUUUGGAUUUUCAAUUUUUUCACAGCUUGCCCCUUUUCCCGGUGCUUUAUGGUGUUUCUACCAUUAUGGCUGGAUGUACCUUGGAGGAUUGCUUAUGGCAGUUUGUCCUUACUGAAAAACUCGAGAAUUACUACUGCAGCCAUUGUUGGCACAGUGCUGCAAUAAAAUAUUUAUCUUGUAAAGGAGCAAACGAGAUUGAGAUUGAAAAGUUGAGGAGAUGCAGUGCAGAAGACUCCUGUGAUUGUCGAAAUUUACAUUGUUUAGAAAGUCUACCCUGGUCAAAUAACUUUUCCAAUACUCUAAAGCAGCUACGUAUUGCUCGUUGUUCAAUGGUAUUAAUUUUGAUGUAUCAAUUACUUGUAGCAAAGUCUGAUUUGCUUUUAGAGUAUCCAUAUUGUCGUAACUGUCUUUCGGCUCCCUGCGGGAUGCCCCAAGUUGUGUCUUAG